CUGACCUACCUGUGUUUCCAGGUGAAGUGUGACCAGUACUGGCCUGCAGACCGGGAGCCGCUGUACUACGGAGACCUGGUCAUCCAGAUGAUGUCCGAGUCCGUCCUGCCCGAGUGGACCAUCCGAGAGUUCAAGAUCACCUCGGAGAGCAGCUGCUCGUACCCCCGGGUGCUGCGGCACUUCCACUACACGGUGUGGCCCGACCACGGAGUCCCCGAGAGCACCCAGUCCCUCAUCCAGUUCGUCAGGACGGUCCGGGACUAUGUGGACCGGUCCCCCAGCACUGGAGCCACCGUGGUGCACUGCAGGUGA